UGACAUGUUAAAACCACAAACUUUUUUACUGACGUGUAUCUUAGAAAACACCGUAUUAUUUGUAAAUUAUAAAAUUACAUAAAAUUUACUGGCAUAAUGACUUCUUUAGUAUCAGUUAUUCCUAAACUGUACCAAGAAUACACAAGUAAAACUUCGAAGAAACUGAAAAUCAUUGAUGCUUAUCUACUCUACAUAUUUCUGACCGCCGUCAUACAGUUCGUAUACUGUUGCUUGGUCGGCACGUUUCCUUUUAACUCAUUCUUGAGCGGCUUCAUAUCUACCGUCAGCUCAUUUGUUCUUGCUGUCUGUUUGAGAUUACAAGUGAAUCCAGAAAACAAGAAUGAGUUCCAAGGGCUGAGUGCCGAGCGGGGAUUUGCCGAUUUCAUUUUCGCACACCUUGUUCUGCACAUUGUAGUUAUCAAUUUCAUAGGUUAA